CGGGCAGCGCGCGGGGCGGGGCGGGCAUGGCGGGCAGAGUGCUGUUCCGGCGCGGCGCCGGGCAGAGCGACGACUCGGAUAUGUGGGACGACACGGCCCUCAUCAAGGCGUACGACAAGGCGGUGGCCUCCUUCAAGAAUGCUUUAAAGAACGGGGACUGCGCAGAGCCUUCGGAUAAGCAGGAGCAGCGGCCCGGGAUGAAAAGGAAAAACAGCAAGAAGAACAGGAACAGAAACAAGAGCAACGGCGUGCCGUUGAAACAGUGGAAAGUUGGUGACUGCUGUAACGCUGUCUGGUCUGAGGAUGGUAAUGUCUACCCAGCAACUAUUGCCUCCAUAAAUCUGAAGAGGGGUACAUGUGUCGUUACUUACACCGGAUAUGGAAAUAAGGAGGAACAGAACCUGGCUGAUCUACUUCCUCCAGCAAGCGAUGAAACAAAUGAAAACGAGAGUCCAUAUUCAACAGAUGAAAGCGAAAAAUCUUCCCAGUCACAUCAAAAUGAAAAUAACUGCACAAAAGAAAGAUUCUCUCCUAAAAACUUACGGUUUCCGAAACCACCAACACCUCCAGGCUUGGGAAGGCACGAAUCAAAAUUCAGAACACUUCCACCGUUCUUGUCUUGCUGGCUCCCACCCUUUCCAGCAGGACCACCGUUGAUUCCUCCUCCACCACCUAUGGGGCCAGAUUCUCCUGAGGAUGAUGAAGCGUUGGGGAGCAUGUUGAUAGCUUGGUAUAUGAGUGGUUAUCACACUGGAUAUUACCUGGGGUUAAAACAAAGUCGAAUGGAAGCGGCCCUAGAGAGAGAGGCCUAUCUAAAAUAACUGAAUAGCCAUCACUCUCCUGAAGGAUUACAGGUACAGAUGCUUGUCACUGAGAGAUGUUUAUCACUUGUGCACUGGGUGAUGGUGAAGAUCAGAAUUUCAGCAAAGAUGAUAAAACUUUGUUUUCGUAACAGUGAGCUGCCCAUGGUAACAAGUAGACAAAUGACUUGAGGCUAGUAAUUGCAUAUGCACUGAAACAAGCUAUUCCUUGAAGACGUUUUGGCAUACUGUGUUUAGAAAGUACUGCUGCAAUGAAGUGUUUUCUACUUUCUUGAAACAAAAUAAUAAACCCAUCAAGUGUGGGUUUUGGCCAUUUUCUUUGUUGUUGUUGUUAUCCUUUACUCAUGUUGUAUUCCUUAGACUUUUUAUCUGACUGGUAACACCUGAACUAGCAAUUGCAGCAUACUAUUUUAGGACACAUGACAGCAAUUUGUGUUACUGUCGUUUUUGAUGGCAAUGACUUGAAAAACAGUAUGCCUUCAAGUUUAAGAAGAGUUGUCUUGUUUCGGGGGUCUGCUGUGUAUGGCAGCUGGAGAGGCCCAUUUCCUGUUUGAAAUGCGUGUUAAUAAAGUUCUGCUUUUUGAACUUUUA